AUGUCUGAAAUAAGCGCAGUACAAAUACCCCAGUACCAUAGAUCAGAUCCUAGUUUAUGGUUUGUAAUGUGCGAAAUUACUUUUGAACUUGCUACUCCAAAGCCCAUAACUGAUUCGAAAACAAAAUACAAUUACGUAGUUGCACAUAUUCCUCCUGAUACAGCUUUUUUAAUAAGAGAUGUAUUAAUGAAACCAGAUAAAACCGAUUCUUAUUCCCAUAUUAAGAAAGAACUUAUAAAUCGGUCCGGGGAAUCAUCCCAACAGGAAAUUCGAAAGUUACUUUCAGGGGAAGAAUUAGGCUCUCGCAAACCAUCUGAAUUGCUACAACGUCGCGCCGAAAUUUUAAAUGUAGAUGAAAAUUUGAUGCUAGAGUCAUUUUUGCAGCGUUUGCCAUCUUCAGUCCAAACAAUUUUAGCUGCAGUUUCCGAAUUUACAAUAGACAAAGCUGCAGAAAUUGCCGAUAGGAUCAUAGAAGUUUCACCAUCUUCCACGGAGACUUUUGCAGUGUCUAAUAAAAGUGAACCAACACUUGAGACUAAAUUUCUUCGCGAAAUUGAAAAGUUAAAUAGAAGAAUUGAUCGUCUUUCCUAUUCUCGCGGUCGUCCGCCCAAUCGCAGAAACAAUGGGUCUCGCGAAAGGAGUGUCUCUCGUAAGCGUGAUUUUUCAAUUUGUUGGUAUCAUAGACGCUUUGGAGACAAAUGUAAAGAAGAAAAAUGCGUGAAACCUUGCAAGUGA